AGUUAACCAUGAACGAAGUUUUUCGACCGCUGCUGGAUAAAUGCGUCAUUGUGUACCUCGACGACAUCCUGAUAUAUAGCACUACCCGGGAAGCACAUUUGAAGGAUUUGGAAGCAGUCUUCUCUCUCCUGCAGCAGCAUCGACUCAUCACCAAGGGUUCUAAGUGCGAGUUUUUGAAACAAGAACUGGAGUUUUUGGGACACGUUAUUUCCAUCGACGGUGUUAAAAUCGACCCGAAAAAAAUCGCGACCAUACAAGACUGGAAGCCGCCGGCUAAUCUCCGCGAACUUCAAAGUUUCCUGGGGUUUGUGAAUUACGUUCGCCGGUUCAUCCCGAACAUGGCGGGGGUAACUUCCCCUCUUACGGAUCUUCUGAAGAAAGGCAAGUUUUAUGAGUGGGGGGGAGAGCAGCAGGCUGCGUUCGACCAACUCAAACUUUUCCUGACAACACCUCAUGUUCUUCGCAUUGCAGAUCCUCACCGUCCGUUCAAACUCAUCACCGACGCUAGCCACCUGGCUGUUGGCGCAGUACUGUUACAGGACUUCGGCGAAGGCCUCCAACCCAUCGCCUACAAGUCACGAAAGCUGAAUCCGGCCGAGCGAAAUUAUCUCGUCCACGACAAGGAGUUACUCGCCAUCGUUCACGCGUUCAAGGUUUGGCGCUGCUACCUGACGGGCGCUGAUGUGACAGUCCGAACAGACCACAAAUCGCUACAGUUCAUCCAUGCCCAACCGGCACUCAACCCCCGACAGAUUCGCUGGCUCGAUUAUCUCGAGUCGAAUUUCCACUACAGAGUCACCUACAAACGAGGGGCCAGCAACAUCGCCGACGCACUGACCCGCCCUUCAGUCCAUACCGCCGCUGUCCUAAUCACCCAAACCAAUCCGCUGCUAACUGGACUAUUUACCCACGGAUACAGUACCAACCCAUUCUUCACGACUAACAGUCAUCCCCAACUGACAGUCAAGUAGGGGGCUUAUUACCUAAAAUCCGGU